GAUGGGGAAGCCUGCUACUACCACUGCGUACUGUGCAACUACUCCACCAAGGCCAAGCUGAACCUGAUCCAGCAUGUUCGUUCCAUGAAACACCAGCGCAGUGAGAGCCUACGUAAGCUACAACGUCUGCAAAAGGGGCUCCCGGAGGAAGAAGAAGAACUGGGCACCAUCUUCACAAUUCGCAAGUGUCCCUCCGCUGAUGCGGGAGAGCUGAAUGAGGAUGUGGAGGCAGCUAGUGAGACCACCACAGACCAGGAGGACCAAACCAAAGACAGAGAAAGUGGGGGGGAUAAGGAACUCACCAAAGGGACAGAAGCAUCCAACCAGGUGGAGAAAGAAAACACAGAUUCCUCUAUCUCUUCCAAACGGCCAUCUUCAAGGACUGAGGCUCAAGAGGCACAACUUGCCUCAAAGCGCCCCAGAACAGCAGACAAGUCCUCUACUGAGCAGAUGUACCAGUGCCCGUACUGCAAAUACAGCAACACAGACGUGAACCGAUUAAGGAUGCAUGUGAUGACACAGCACUCAGUCCAGCCCAUGUUUCGUUGCCCACUCUGCCAGGAUAUGCUCAAUAACAAGAUCCACCUUCAGUUUCACCUCACCCAUCUGCACAGUGUGGCCCCUGACUGUGUGGAGAAGCUCAUUGCCACGGUAAGUGCCUCAGAGGUGCUACCUGCAAGCAUGUUCAUACCAGUACAAGGGCCUGAUCGGGAAGGACAAAAUUCAUCUCAGACUAUAGCCAACUCAAACAAUGAAGAAUCAAAAAAGAAAACAGAUGUUCCUGAGGCUGAUCAUGACCAUAUCAGCAGUGUACCUGUGGACAGUAUGGACCCUCGAAUUACAGAACCUCAGAAAUCACCUCUGGAGGACCAAGGAGCAACAAAAGAAGACUCUGCCGGUUUUCUCUGCUGGAAGAAAGGGUGUAAUCAAAUCUUCAAGACAUCCAACUCUCUGCAAGUUCACUUCAAUGAAGUGCACAAUAAGAGACCUCAGCUCCCUGUUUCAGAUCGCCAUGUUUAUAAAUAUCGCUGCAAUCAGUGCAGUUUGGCAUUCAAAACCGUGGAAAAGCUCCAGUUACAUUCACAAUAUCAUAUUAUUCGGGCAGCCACCAUGUGCUGUCUCUGUCAGCGUAGCUUCAGGACUCUGCAAGCACUUAAGAAACACCUUGAGACUAGCCAUCUAGAGCUCAGUGAGGCUGACAUCCAACAGUUGUAUGGAGGCUUGCUUAUUAAUGGUGACUUGAUGGUCAUGGGUGACCCCUCACUGGGAGAGGAGCAAGGUGCCAUUGGUGAGGAAGACAAAGAAGGAGAAGAAAGUGACCCAGAAGAAAAACAGAGCCCAGCUGGUAGUGAUUCUGGAUCUAUUCAGGAAGACUCCGGUUUAGAGCCAAAAAGAGCACUGCCUUUUAGGAAAGGUCCAAAUUUUACCAUGGAAAAGUUUUUAGAUCCAUCCAGGCCAUUUAAAUGUACGGUGUGCAAGGAGUCAUUUACUCAAAAGAACAUUCUCCUGGUCCACUACAACUCUGUCUCCCAUCUACAUAAAGUCAAAAGAGCAUUGCAGGAGUCGACCACAGGCCAACCAGAGCCCACCAGCAGUCCAGACAACAAGCCAUUUAAAUGCAGCACAUGUAAUGUGGCCUAUAGUCAGAGUUCUACACUGGAGAUUCAUAUGCGUUCAGUUCUCCACCAGACCAAGGCUAGAGCUGCAAAACUGGAAGCGGCAGGAGGCAGCAGCAGCAGUACAGUUAGUACGAGUGGAAGUGGCGUAGGGGGUGGUGGCUCAUCAAUAGGAACAUCUACACCAAGCCCAAAUUCAAUGACUAAUGCUGUUGGAUCCAAUAGUAAUAACUCUACAACAGUGUCCCACAAUUCUCAGAGCAUGACAGUCGGAAAUCAAGUGCCAUCAUUAUUGUCAGCAGAAACAAUUGGUAUGCCAACAGCAUCUGCUGGCCUCCCUUCUCCUUCAGAACAAAAAGAUGUAAAAAAGAAAAAACUAGCUGACAUGCUGUCCACCAGGGGACAACAACAACAACAGCUCCAGCAGCAGCAGCAGAGUUAGCAGCAGCAACAGCUAGCUCAAGCUCAGGCCCAGGCUCAGGCACAAGCCCAGCUUCAGCAGGAGCUUCAGCAACAAGCAGCUUUAAUCCAAUCUCAGUUGUUCAACCCAGCACUUCUGCAACAUUUUCCAAUGACCACAGAAGCCUUGCUUCAGCUACAGCAGCAGCAUCUCUUGUUUCCAUUCUAUAUCCCUGGUGCCGAGUUCCAACUCAAUCCUGAGCUUAACCUACCAGUUAGCAGCUCUGCUCUUAGUCUACCUGGACCAUCCUCCUCUCUCUUAGAGGAACUUAAGCACUCUGCUCAACAAGCACAGCAAACGUGUCUGCAGCAACAGUUAAUUCAUCACCAACAGCACCAUCACCAACAGCAACAGCAGCAAGGGCAGUUGUCUUUGCUGCAGCAGAAUGUGUCACUUCUUUCACAGGUUGAAAAAAAGCCAAAGUCACAAUGUCACAAUGAGAAAGAAAGGGAUGGACAUCGAGACAAAGAGGUAAUUGAGAAGAUAGAUGAUGGAGGACUUCUCUCUAGGGAUGGCACUCUAGAGAGCCUAAAACCCAAAGAUAAGAAAGAGCAACAUCAGACAACAACUGCUGGCAGCUCAGAGUCUGGCUUCCCUCCUCCCAGAAUUGCUUCUGACGCACGGGGCAACGCUACCAAAGCUCUACUUGAAAAUUUUGGGUUUGAGCUGGUCAUCCAAUAUAAUGAGAAUAAGCAGAAGGUACAGAAAAAAGCCGGAGGCAAUGUAGCUUCAGGACAAGGUAGCAACACCAAUGGUAGUCGAGCCAUGGAUCCAUGUGAUGGCCUAGAAAAACUGGAAUGUGAAGCUUGUGGGAAGUUAUUUUCAAAUAUCUUGAUAUUAAAAAGUCACCAGGAGCAUGUCCACCAAGCCUUUUUCCCAUUUAGAUCUUUAGAGAGAUUUGCAAAAGAGUACAGAGAACAUUAUGACAAAUUGUACCCUCUCAGACCCCAGACACCAGAUGCACCUCCCCCACCUCCUCCACCUCCCCCACCUCUACCACCUGCUCCACCCCAGCAAAAUUCAGCUUCAAACAUCCCUGCUUCUGCACCACCAAUCACACCUCCUGCCAUUUCCACUCCGCAACCUCCAUUGUCCAUGACCCAGCUUCCUAUGUCCAUGGAACUGCCAAUAUUUCCACCCCUCAUGAUGCAGCCCAUGCCUCUUCAGCCUUUACCUACACAGAUCCCUACCCAACUUCCUGCUGUGGAUCCCCUGCCUACUGAUUUAGCACAAUUAUAUCAACAGCAGCUCACUCCUGCUAUGCUUCAGCAACAGCAACAAAACAAAAGGCCCCGAACCCGUAUUACCGAUGACCAGCUACGUGUCCUGCGGCAGUAUUUCGACAUCAACAACUCCCCUAAUGAGGAGCAAAUUAAAGAGAUGGCAGAUAAGUCUGGACUUCCUCAGAAGGUCAUCAAACACUGGUUUCGCAAUACACUCUUUAAAGAACGACAACGUAACAAAGACUCGCCAUAUAAUUUUAACAACCCACCUGUCACUAUCCUUGAAGAGCCCAAAAUUGAUUCAAAGCCCCCUUCACCUGAACCUCAGAAGCAUGAGUACUUUGGGAGCAAGAGAUCCUCAAGGACACGAUUCACUGAUUACCAACUGCGCAUCCUGCAGGAUUUCUUUGAUGCCAAUGCUUAUCCCAAAGAUGAUGAAUUUGAGCAGUUGUCCAACUUGCUAAAUCUUCCCACACGGGUAAUUGUUGUUUGGUUCCAGAAUGCCCGCCAAAAAGCUCGUAAAAAUUAUGAAAACCAAGGAGAAGGUGGGAAAGAGGGUGAAAGGAGAGAGUUGUCCAAUGAUCGUUACAUUCGGACCAGCAAUCUUAACUACCAAUGCAAGAAGUGCAGUCUGGUUUUCCAGCGAAUCUUUGACCUCAUCAAGCACCAAAAGAAGCUCUGCUAUAAAGAUGAAGAUGAGGAAGGGCAAUAUGACAGUCAAAAUGAAGAUUCCAUGGAUGCGUUUCAUGAAUAUCAUACACCAUCCGGCUCAUCGUGUAGCACACCAAUGCCUUCCUGUUCCAGUCUUUGUUCUUUACCUUCAUCCUCAGUACCAUAUAUGUCAUCCUCUGAAAAGGAAGAAGGUAUCCCCACUAGCAAGCAAAACUCAUACGAUGAAAAAGGUAAACAGUCAUCUGAAGCACCUGGUCUGAUCCACCAGCAGGAUAACCCUGAGUCAAUAAAACAAGAAAACUCCCAGCCAUCCCUGAUAGAGCAGCAACAGGAAGAAAGAGUUCAGGCAGCACCAAAGACUCCACAGCUUUCAUCUCCUUCCCAGUCUCAUCAGCAACAAUGUGGUUCAACGGUUUCUCAAGUAAGCCCUAAUCCUACACAGGUAUCACAUUUGCCCUUAAAUCCACAAUUGACCUCCACUCCACAACAACAGCAAUUAGGAAAUAUGUCUCAGCAGAUGGUACCUUACCAGUGUGACCAAUGCAAGCUGGCCUUUCCUUCAUUUGAGCACUGGCAAGAACACCAGCAGCUUCAUUUUCUUACAGUGCAAAACCAAUUUAUUCACCCACAGUUUCUUGACAGAACCAUGGACAUGCCUUUCAUGCUGUUUGAUCCUAGCAACCCCCUGCUGGCUAGCCAGCUACUCCAAGGCGCAAUGCCACAAAUUCCCACAAGUUCUGCUACAUCUCCCUCAACUCCUACCUCCACCAUGAAUUCCCUUAAAAGAAAACUAGAAGAGAAAGCUGGGGCAAGCCCUGGAGAGAAUGACAGUGGGAACAGCGGAGAGGAGCCACACAGAGAUAAGCGCCUAAGAACCACCAUCACACCAGAGCAGCUAGAGAUUUUGUACCAAAAGUAUCUUCUGGAUUCCAAUCCUACCCGUAAAAUGCUCGAUCAUAUUGCCCAUGAGGUUGGUCUGAAAAAACGUGUUGUCCAAGUAUGGUUCCAGAAUACACGAGCCAGAGAAAGAAAAGGCCAGUUCCGUGCUGUAGGGCCUGCCCAAGCCCAUCGGCGGUGUCCUUUUUGCAGGGCUCUUUUUAAAGCAAAGACUGCAUUAGAAGCUCACAUCCGAUCUCGCCACUGGCAUGAAGCCAAGCGUGCCGGCUACAAUUUAACACUUUCCAGUAUGCUUCCAGAUCAGGAAGGUUAUCAACUAAAAGGGGAUCCAAUAGAUGGGCCAAGCUUCUCUCAUCUUCCUCAGACCAAUAGCGAUGGGCACUGUUCGUCUUUGUCACCUGUCAAUAAAAGUAUGGAUCUCUCUCCCAGAGCUUUGCUUAGCCCAUCAUCAAUUAAGGUGGAAGGAAUGGAAGAUUUUGAAAGCCAAACAAUGUCUUCAGUCAAUCUGAGCUUUGACCAGAGUAAGCUGGAUAAUGAUGAUUGUUCUUCAGUUAAUACAGCCAUCACGGACACUACAACAGGGGAUGAGGCCAAUAUUGAUAAUGAGAGUGCCACUGGAAUGUCCGCUGAAUCUAAACAAGGCCAUAACCAGGGUGACCUCAUUUCUAAGUCUGGUGGAAUUGCCCCAUCUUUGGAGAAUGAAGACCAAAUGUCUUCGGGUCUUGUUAGCCCUGCAACUAGUUUUUAUGCCAAGGACUUUGAGAAUGAGACACUGGUGGAUUACAGUGAGACCUCCAGUCUGGCAGACCCAUGUUCUCCCAGUCCUGGUGCCAGUACAUCUGGUAACAAGAAUAUGGAUAGUGGUGACAGACCUGGCCAAAAGCGCUUCCGGACUCAGAUGACCAACCUCCAGCUAAAGGUUUUAAAAUCCUGCUUUAAUGACUACAGGACUCCUACUAUGCUGGAAUGUGAGGUGCUUGGCAAUGACAUUGGACUUCCAAAAAGGGUUGUUCAGGUGUGGUUCCAAAAUGCACGAGCAAAGGAGAAAAAGGCCAAACUCAGUAUGGCCAAGCACUUUGGUAUCAACCAAACAUCGUAUGAGGGACCUAAAACUGAAUGCACAUUGUGUGGCAUCAAGUACAGUGCUCGGCUAUCAGUCCGAGACCACAUUUUCUCCCAGCAGCACAUCUCCAAAGUGAAGGACACCAUUGGAAGUCAGCUGGACAAAGAGAAAGAAUACUUUGAUCCAGCCACUGUUCGGCAGUUGAUGGCUCAACAAGAACUGGACCGUAUCAAGAAAGCCAAUGAGGGGAUCCCUCCAGUCUUGUUGCCAGGGGUUGGCAGCCCCUCAUUACCAGGCUUUGCAUCGUCAAAUACAGCUUUAACGUCUCCAAAACCCCCAAACCUUCUGAGCAUGCCUGGAACAAGUGUGCCCUCGCCCAGCCUUCCAACGUCAGGACUGCCCAACAAAACAGCUACCACCUCCCUGGCCUCCCCAAGCCCAGCUCAAACCAGCACCUCUACUCCACAUCCUUCUGCAACUGCAUCCCAACAAGCCCAGCGAGCUGAGCCUCCAAAGGAGCGUGAUAUUGAAAGAAGCCGUGAGAAAGAAAAGACCAAGGAAAAAAUGGAACAGCCUCUGCCCGCUGCUGUGGGUUCGGCUACAACCCACUCUAGUGCUGCUAGCAGUAGUAUCAAGAAGGAAAAACCUGAAGCAGCUGUUUCAGCCACUUCUAUACCUACUCCAGGAAUGGAAUAUGUGGUUGACCCAGGACAGCUUCAGGCUCUGCAGGCAGCCUUGUCGUCAGAGCCUACUGCUUUAUUAACAAGUCAGUUCCUCCCCUACUUCAUGCCAGGUUUCUCUCCUUACUAUGCUCCUCAGAUACCUGGGGCUCUGCAGGGGGGGUAUCUGCAGCCCAUGUAUGGGAUGGAAGGACUGUUCCCUUAUAAUCCUGCUUUGUCGCAAGCACUGAUGGGGCUGUCUCCAGGAUCCUUGCUGCAGCAUUACCAGCAAUAUCAGCAGAGCCUACAGGAGGCACUCCAGCAGCAGCAACGACAACUGCAGCAGCAACAAAAGCAGCAGCAGCAGCAGCUUCAACAACAGCAAAUCCACCAACCCAAAGCAAGCCAAACUCCAGCUCCUCCAUUAGCACCGGAGACCCCAAAUAACCCAGAUCACAAAGAACCUGCCAAAGAUCCACCAAAAGCUGAAGAGCAAAAAGGCUCUCCUUCCUGUGAAGCCUCCUCUUCUUCUUCCUCCUCCUCCUCCUCGACCUCCUCUUCUUCUUCUUCUUCCCUUCAAAACCAUCCUUCUGAGCAGCACGAGACAGAAAGCAAAAGUGCGGAACCUCCCCUUGACCAGUAUAUUGUCCCGAAGGUGCAGUACAGGCUGGUAUGCCGCAAGUGUCAAACCGUCUUCAGCAAGGAAGAAGCGGCAGCCAGUCACCUAAAGUCGAUCUGCUUUUUCGGUCAGUCUGUGGCAAAUCUGCAAGAGAUGUUGCUUCGGGUCCCCACUGCCAGUUCCGCAGCAGGCAGCAGCUUUGACUGCUUAGCCUGUGAGACCACACUGGAAGGGGAUGAAGCCCUGAGUCAACACCUGGAAUCAGCCUUGCACAAACACAGAACAAUCAAGCGAUCAGCCAGAAAUGCCAAAGAGCACGCUACUAGUUUAUUACCUCACUCUUCAGCCUGCUUCCCCGAUCCUAACACCGCAUCUACCUCGCAGUCUGCCGCUCACUCCAACAACAGCCCCUCUUCCCUGCCAACAACAAAAACAACACCGCCGCUGCCCUCUUCUGUGUCUUCACCGUGCUCCUCUUCUUCUACCACCAUGACAACUCCCCCACACGUAACCACCACCGGCAAGUCCUGGCCCCAGGCUCCCCACUCCCAAGCUUUACCUGGGAAGCCCACUAAUUCUGCUUUCCCCCCAGUAUCCUCACCUUCAACGGUUACCUCAAGUUCAUUGAGCACCUCAGGGGUUCAGACCUCGAUACCAACAGACGUCUAUUCCGACGAGUCCGACUCUGACACGAGUCAGAAGUCGUCGGACAGGCUGGGCAGGCCAGCAGAGGAGCCACAAGACCCCAGCUGUCACAAAGACUGUAGUAGUAGUAGUCAUAGUAGUAGUCUUGCUAGUGUAGGAACGGACUCCAUCAGAUUGUAAAAGAGCUUUCAAUGAUGGACAAUAUUUUAAAAAAAGUGAUGUUAAAAAUGUUUUAAAAAUAUACAAACCAAUUUCAGAAAAAAAAUGUGUAAAGACUAACUGCAAUUCCAAAGCUUGUAACCAAAAAUUAAAUGUUAGUGGAUUGUUUUCCCAUAUUAACAUGCUGGUUUUUGUUUCUAUCCACAUACACACACACUCACAGAGAGAGAGAGAGAGAGAGAGACAAAAAAAGACCAAUGCAUGGCUGCAGGUAGGUCUGGAGUACUGUUAGCAGAAAGUAGCGACCACAAAGCGAUCAGCCAGGGCCCUCAAACAAAUGUAUCUCUUGUUUUGCAAAAUGGAUCCCUGUUAAUAGCACAGUAAAAGCCAGUAUGUCGUGUAUGGGAGAAUAGUCUUACAUUUACAGUUUUCUUGCUAUCUAAGCAUUCAGAUACCAAUGGCUUGCUAAAAUAAGAAAUAAUGUAAUGUCUAUUUUAUUCUCAGGUCAACAGCUCACAACCUUUUUCUGUUACAGAAAAAAAAAUCAUUGUUUUAUACUUUUUGUUCCUAACAGGGGGAAAAAAGAUUCUGUUUUUUAACAAUUAAUUUUAAUGGGCAGAAAGUUUAAAGGAAAAUAUUAUGAUGGCAUAGCUUUCUGGGGGAUCAAAGGGUAGCUGAUCUGCUGAAUUUAAACAAACCGUAAUUUCAAGGGGAAAAUUAGCACUCCCACUUUACCCGGAUACAAAGAGUGUUGAGGACUUGUAGGUUUAAAAAAAAAAA